AUGGCUGACUCGACACACAACAACGAGUCUACUUCCACAACUCCAUCACCAGACCAGAUGUACUGCCACGCCUGCCAUCACGAGUGGCAGCGCCAGGGCGAAUCCCUCGAGUGCCCUGCAUGCAACGGCGAAACCACGGAAAUUGUCAGCAACCAGACCCCGCCAACAACUUCCAUGGACACCAGGACGACAACACUAACACAGGAUCGCCAGAUCUCGCCUGAGAAUCACCCACGCCAUUUCCACCGCCGGCCUAUGCCUGUCACCGUAGAGGACGCGCCUGAAGAGGAGGAGCCCCAGCCUGACCGUUCUGCCGCUACCGAGACCGAGUCUCAACAACCCACAGAGACCGCCAACUCCAACACCGAGACCCUAAGUGCCAACGAGAACAACGAGCAUCAUGAUGCGAGACCACAGACCGAAUCCAACGGCACGCCAACUACCAAUGGAACCACUCAGACUUCAGAUGAGACCAAUGCCCGAGGCACCCAUGAACAGAGCAGCAAUUCGUCCAACAACAACAACAACGAAGCCCCCCGAUCUGGAUCUCGUCCUACCAACACUCAGCACUUUGAUAUCCGCUUCAUCUUCCCUCCUGUAACCUUCUUCACUACCGUCAUUUCCGAGCCUGUUGCCCCACAAUCUCAACAGCAACCAGCUGGUUCGCAACCAAAUGGCCAGGCGCAAUCUACCGAACAGUCGAAUGAGCAGCCCAAUAACCAGCAAUCCAAUCCUUCUAGCACAGCUAACAAUGGCUCUGCUCCUAACACCUCUACCGCUUCCGGUCCGUCCCCCGUCACCUUCUUUGGAUUGCACUUCUUUACUCCUCGGCCUCCUCAUGCCCACACUGCUCCGGCACCUGCGUCUACGACCAAUACCACCCAACCCGAAGGCGCUGCGCAGCAACAGCAACAAUCCAAUGGCGAACAGCCACAGGCCUCCGAGCAGCAACAGCCCCAGCAAGGUCCCCAGCCAGCAACUCAAGGCCAAACACCCUCUUUCGGCUCUGGUCCCGUACCAGCUGGUCUCAUGAACGCCUUGCUCUCCGCCAUCUUCAACCCCUUCAGUCCUCUCGUCCUCGGCAACCUUAACUUCGUUAACGACGGCGUUUACUCGCAAGAGGCAUUUGACCGCAUCAUCACCCAGCUCCGCGAGCAGCACGCCGCCCAGAACCCAGGCGGCGCUCCUCCAGCCUCCCAAGCCGCUAUUGAGAAGCUCAGAGUGAGGGACAUUGACGAGCAGAUGCUCCAGGGCUGCCAGGACAACAAGACCAAGUGCGUCAUCUGCGUCGACGACAUGGCUCUCGGCGACAAGGCCACCCUCCUCCCCUGCAACCACUUCUUCCACGGCGAGUGCGUGACCCCUUGGCUCAAGGUGCAUAACACUUGCCCUGUCUGCCGGCGGUCUGUCGAGGUCGAGGAGGCACCCGAGAGCAAGAAGCGCAAGAACAUGGCGGAUCAUGAGCCCACGGGCAGGGACGGCCAUGGCAUUGACGAGGCGGCGGAGGAUGAGGACGGACAGCAGAGCGCGACCGCGGCCACCCCGGCGAUUCCGGAAAGGCAAAGGAGGCCAUACGGACCCGAGAGGCUGCAUGGUGAAGGAGUGCCAAAGCGACGGCGUCUGGGUUGA